AACAGGUCGUACAGACAGAAGGGUGCAUCGAGGAAGGCACCUAUGUCACGCUGCUAUAGUCAAGAUUCCUUACAGUUCACUGAAAGAGAGGAAAACCCAGAGUGGACAAAAAGAACAGAUAGUUUUAAAUAGAGUUGCAUGUGGUAGGAUAGGGAUUUGAGCAACAGACAGGUAUGGUAUACUGUAGAUCAGAUGCAUCCAAAAUGGCACAUCUCACAGUAUAGCUGACGACUGAGCUGGUCUGGGGAUUGGAUUGCGGUCAACUCGGCCUGAACUCAACCUCCGGUUUAGAACCAAUCUCAUUGACCACCUGGCAGAUCAUCAGCGACCUACGACUUAACGCUCUGUUGGGAAUCUACACAACACGUGCCAGACAGUGAUGGAGGUGUCUGUGCAGCUGUAUGUGUCGCUGUUGAGUGGAGCGGUCCUCCUGUCACUCAUCCUGUUGACUGGCCUGUGUCUCAGCUGCAGAAGACACAACCUCCCUACGUCCAUUCAGCAGCGUUACAGUGAGGAUUACACUCAACACACCCCAGGAUUCGGGUUGGCCCACCCACCAUACAACCCCUCUGCUGCCACAAGCUGGGGCGCUCCCCCUUCCAGCCUCCUUUCACCCAUUUCACCACAGAUCGGUGUGAGACCGAACUCUGUCACCCCAAUUGAAAAUGAGAGUAAUGACGGCUAUGAGACUCCAGGAGAAGAGUAUGUCAACGUGGACGACUAUGAACCAGGAUCAGGCUACCUAAUAGUGUUACCAUCAGAUCCGACUGGGUCUCUGCGUCAUUCCAAUCAAUGUCUCAUCUCCAAAAGCUCCCAAGUUACAGAAAACAGUAGCGCAGAUGGCAAUAGGAAUGGCAACGUGGAAAAGAGUGAUGACAGUGAUGAAGGCAGCAAUGACUAUGUCAAUACUAAAGAAAACAGUGGCGCGGAGGACAAUAUGAAUACCGAUAGGAAUGGCAACGUGGAAAAGAGUGAUGACAGUGAUGAAGGCAGCAAUGACUAUGUCAAUACUAAAGAAAACAGUAGCGCAGAUGGCAAUAUGAAUGGCAACGUGGGAAAGAGUGACGACAGUGAUGAAGAUGACAAUGACUAUGUCAAUACUAAAGAUUUGUGAAGCCUCCCCAUCAUGUAGCAGAUUCUGACGGGGAGGGAAUUGAUGAGUCAAUCGACUGCUGGAUUUAUAUCAUGAGUGCAACCAAGUUUCAGUCAAAGGGAAGACUACACAGCGUAGCUAACAUCUACAUAGGGGUUCUGCAAUAUGGACAAGAGCACUGUGCAACUCACUGCUGUGGCUGAUGUAACAUUUCAAAGACCUUAAUCUCAUCCACCAGGCGUCUCUCUCUGAACUGUUCUGUAACAAUUAAGGCCUAGGGACGACAUGUUCUAAGAUUUAUUGUAUGGCUUGUGUGGUGUAGGGCAAAUGCCUUGGAACACAUCUCUUGGUGCCCCAGCUGCUUGAGUGUGAGCUACCAGCUAUAACCAUAAUUAUGUUUGUUUUUUAAAAUAUAUUUUUAAGCUUUUUCCUGACUACUGAAGAGAGAAAGGAUGACAGUGGAGAAAGAGGUUGUGUCGAAGGGCAGUAGGCCGGAUUUGAACCUAUGUCGACAUCGUAGACAUGCUGAAGUAUGGAUUUGCUGACGACUCCUGAGAAUGUUCGUUCUAGUUUACUCAUUUUCUCUUAGCUGUAUUUAUCUUUUUACUGUGGAGUCAACAUGUUAACUACAUUCAAAUCUGGUUUUAUAGUUGUUCAAGUCACUUUUGUCACAAUAUAAUAAAUGCUUUGCCAUAAUCUAUAGCCCUAUUCGGACAGGAUAAGGUAAUGUGGACAAGCACAAAUCACCACAUCCGUCAUUUUUGUCCCGUCCAUGUCAUUAUUUUUAUUAUUAUUAUCCCAGCCCUAAAAACCAAAUGUUUUUCAGCAAACUCCCAGGUCAUCUGAUAAUACUUAUCCCGUGCGAAUUGUCAUCCCUGUGUUUUGAGGGAUAUUACUGAGUUUAACAGGUGCUGCACCCAGUUUGGGUAAGAACAUGGGAACAAGUUAAUGCUUAAAACAAAGUGCUAUGCAUGUAGCCCACAGAUGAAUGAUCUGUUUUGUUACAUCAACUUUCCUAGUGCCAUACUUCUCUUUUAAAAGAUGAAGUGGACGAUAUUGUGCCAAUGAAUUGAUAAAUUGCCAAAUACGUCAGGUAAUUAAAUGUCUGCAUAAGUUACAGUUCAUGGUUCUUAUUGAUAUGCAUUUUAUUUAGACUUUCUCCGAACUGAAGGCCAUUAGGUCAAUAUUAGGCUAUCCCUAGAUAUUUGCAAUAUCUUCAUGCCUAGAAGAACCUCCAGGCUUCCGUCAUAACAGUCCAUUUUGUUCCGUCAUAACAGUCCAUUUUGAAUGACCCACCCCCAAAAAAUAUUUUGGGGCAGUUUGGUAAAACUAAUCCCAUCCGAAUCAUCUACUGGAAAAACGGACAUGCUGGGGUAAUAAUUACAUAGCCGACGUGCGAAUAGGGGCUUAUGAACCAUUUAUGUGUGAUGUUUUCUGAAUGCAUUGUAGCCAAUAUGUUAUAGCAAGAUUGGGUGAUGCGCCAUGGGUGGCAUAGAGUUUACUAUUAAAGAUUAGUGGUUCAAAUCAGUUAUUUUCAUGGUAAAAUCAGUAUACUGAUCAUUCACCAAAAUGCUUGUGUUUAUACCUUUAAAUAAAUCUAAAUGAACAAGA